AUAGAGAAUAAGUCAAUGAAACGUUCAAGCGCAGAAAGUUUGUGCAUAAAACUCAUUUACUCCUAGCUUUAACUUAGAACUAUGAAUUAUCGAUAGGUAAUACACAGUUCAGUCCGAAAGCAUGGAGGAAUACAACACCACUGUCCGUAUGUCGGGUUUCGUUUUGAGUUCGUUGAUGUUUCACCAUUUGAACAGUGAUGCGGAUGUGGAAGGUCUCAUUCUUGGAGAGAGUGUGGGAGAGGAGAACUGUAGGAUCACUGACUCACAGAUCGAUCAAAUACAGUUUGAGCACACUAUAAAUAUUCAAAAACACAUUUCUUGUCGUAAACUCCAUAGCUUCUACAGUAAAGUCGGCGAUGUGAGUGAGCAGAAAAUAAGACAAAUUCUGUCUGAUUAUGAAAAGGAGAAUGUGAUUGGUUGGUACAGACAACGCAGAAACACCAGUCAGCAAAUGACCUUCAUGGAACGAGUGAUUCAUCAGAAUAUGAGAAAAACUCUGUCCAAUCAGGAACUUGUCUUCUUGUUGCUCACCCCUUCUCAGGCAACAACAUCAGUCUCCACCCAUCGCCUUGAGUUUUCUGCUUUCAUGUGGCACAGCAGGCAGUAUAUCAGCAUCCCCAUCUUUGUGAGCAAUCUGGGCAAUCUUGAGCAGCAAGAUUACUGGAGACUGCCAGCCAUGUGUCCAUCUUUAGAACAGAGUCAAGCAGUUAAUCAACACAGGACCAAAUUCUUCUGCUCAGGGGAUGACUUAAAAGAGGUCAGAAAUGUCAACGACAUGAAUGAUGCCCUAUUGGCAGAAAUGCAGAAAAUGUCUGAGGAAGUGGAAAGGAGUGAAAGAGCAGUGGAGAAGCUUCAAGACGACAUUGUUCAACUCAAAGAUGCUAUUAAGAAACAGAAGAGACACUCAGAGAAAAGUGAAGCCCAGAAAUGUGCCGAUCCAGAUGAACCCAAGGAGAACAUUCUUCUGUGUUCAGCUCUUGAAACACUCUUCCCUGAUGCACCCUCAUUACGGACACAAACCCUCACUGUUCAGGGCUUCCCUGUUUUAGAACUGUGCUGUAAUACUGAUCACGGUAUUGAUAUUCCCACCAAACUGCCUUUGAUUCUUGAGAAUCAACAUUGGAGGAAACUCGAUCGAGCCCCCAGACUCCGGAAGAAAUGCCUUGUCACUGGUUUUUCUCAAAGACUUAAAAGAAAGAGGAAAACGAAUAAUACCGGUGUGUCUGCCUCAGAGAGUGGGUCAGACACAGAGAUUGAUGUGAAUGGACAGAGCAGAAGUAAUUCUCCAGUCUUUUAAAGAGCAAGGUUGGCCUAUUUUAUUGGCAGUGCAAUCUACCAAUGACUGGAUAGCAUUUCAUAUUUUAUACCUGGGAGGUUGCCUUUAUCUUAACAUGCCCACUGAGCAUGGGUUGUGCUAUUUUGUUAAAAAUAUUGUUUUUGUAAAUAUCCCACAAUAUUAAAAGUUAUAUA